GCAGAGCGUCCUGGCCCUCGUAAGCUGAGGAGCCGAGCUGGACAGAGGGACUCGUGGACAGACUAAAGACGGAGGACGCGCUGGCCGCUGGACCCCGCUGCCUCCCCUUUUCUCCCCGCCGCCUGCACCCGGAGAAUGAGCCCAGCCUUUAGGGCCAUGGACGUGGAGCCCCGCGCCAAGGGCAUCCUGCUGGAGCCCUUUGUCCACCAGGUCGGGGGGCACUCGUGCGUGCUCCGCUUCAAUGAGACAACCCUGUGCAAGCCUCUGGUUCCGAGGGAGCACCAGUUCUACGAGACCCUCCCAGCCGAGAUGCGCAAAUUCACUCCCCAAUACAAAGGUGUGGUGUCUGUCUGCUUUGAAGAAGAUGAAGACAGGAAUUUGUGUUUAAUAGCAUAUCCAUUGAAAGGAGACCACGGAACUGUGGACAGUGUAGACAAUUCAGACUGUGAACCCAAAAGUAAGGUCCUAAGAUGGACAAACAAAAAACAUCAUGUCCUAGAAACGGAAAAGACCCCCAAGGACUGGGUACGCCAGCACAGGAAAGAAGAGAAGAUGAAGAGUCAUAAGUUAGAAGAAGAAUUUGAAUGGUUAAAGAAAUCUGAAGUCUUAUACUACAGUGUAGAGAAAAAGGGGAAUGUGAGUUCCCAGCUUAAACACUAUAACCCUUGGAGCAUGAAAUGUCACCAGCAACAGUUACAGCGAAUGAAGGAGAAUGUGAAGCACCGGAACCAGUACAAAUUUAUUUUACUGGAGAACCUGACCUCUCGGUAUGAGGUGCCUUGUGUCCUAGACCUCAAGAUGGGCACACGCCAGCACGGUGAUGAUGCUUCAGAGGAGAAGGCAGCCAACCAGAUCCGCAAGUGCCAGCAGAGCACGUCCGCGGUCAUUGGGGUGCGCGUAUGUGGCAUGCAGGUAUACCAGGCAGGGAGUGGGCAGCUCAUGUUCAUGAACAAGUACCACGGGCGGAAACUAUCGGUGCAGGGCUUUAAGGAGGCACUUUUCCAAUUCUUCCACAAUGGGCGAUAUCUGCGCCGAGAGCUCUUGGGCCCUGUGCUCAAGAAGCUGGCUGAGCUCAAGGCAGUGUUGGAGCGACAGGAGUCCUACCGUUUCUACUCGAGCUCUCUGCUGGUCAUCUACGAUGGGAAGGAACGGCCGGAGGUGGCCCUGGACUCGGAUGCUGAGGACUUGGAGGACCUGUCGGAGGAGUCGGCAGACGAGUCUGCUGGCGCCUAUGCCUACAAGCCCGUUGGCACCAGCUCAGUGGAUGUGCGCAUGAUCGACUUUGCACACACCACUUGCAGGCUGUAUGGCGAGGACAGCGUGGUGCAUGAAGGCCAGGAUGCUGGCUAUAUCUUUGGGCUCCAGAGCCUCAUAGACAUUGUCACAGAAAUAAGUGAGGAGAGUGGAGAGUGAGCUUGUUGACUACGUUGGCAUCUGAGAGACUCUUUAUGUCCUAGGCACAGCUGUGCUGUGUCAUGGAGGAGCGGAAGAGGCUAGCGUGGUCAGGUGGUUGCCCCUGCAGCCUGGAGCUGACCCACAGAGGCCUCUGUGAGCCCUGGCCUGAGCCAGCCCUAGCCGCCCUCGGAGUCUUUUAUUUAUUUUAACUGUUUCUUCAACAUUCCACAUUUGAUGAUGCAGAUACCUCUUUCUUCCCUGAGUGUAAACGUUCCAAUACAAAUCUUUUUGUUAAUUGUA